AUGGGUAAGGAAAAGACUCACAUUAACUUGGUUGUAAUCGGCCACGUCGAUAGCGGAAAGUCCACAACGACAGGCCACCUGAUCUACAAACUCGGUGGUAUCGACAAGAGAACUAUCGAGAAAUUCGAGAAGGAAUCAGCUGACAUGGGAAAAGGAAGUUUCAAAUAUGCCUGGGUUCUGGAUAAACUCAAAAAUGAAAGGGAAAGAGGUAUUACGAUCGAUAUAACAUUGUGGAAAUUCGAAACAGGAAAAUACUACUAUACCGUUAUAGACGCACCAGGACACCGUGACUUCAUCAAAAAUAUGAUCACAGGUACCUCCCAAGCAGAUGUGGCAAUGUUGGUCGUCCCAGCAGAAAGUGGUGGAUUUGAAGCAGCCUUCUCAAAAGAAGGACAAACCAGAGAACAUGCCUUGUUGGCGUUCACUCUUGGUGUAAAGCAGAUGAUUUGCGCUAUCAACAAGAUGGACAAGUGUGAUUAUAAGGAAGACCGUUACAACGAAAUCCAGAAGGAAGUCUGUGGAUACCUCAAAAAGAUUGGUUACAAUGUAGAAAAGGUUCCAUUCGUUCCAAUCUCAGGUUUCCUAGGUGACAACAUGAUUGACAAGUCAGACAAGAUGCCCUGGUAUAAGGGCAAAAUUCUAGUCGAAGCACUCGACCUCAUGGAGCCACCCAAGAGGCCAGUAGACAAGCCACUACGUCUUCCAAUUCAAGCAGUUUACAAAAUUGGAGGUAUUGGAACUGUCCCAGUUGGAAGAGUUGAGACUGGUCAACUUAAGCCAGGAAUGAUUGUAACCUUUGCACCAAGCCAAAUCACAACUGAGUGCAAGUCAGUUGAAAUGCACCAUGAAUCUGUCGAGGUGGCUAGUCCAGGUGACAAUGUAGGUUUCAACGUCAAGAACGUUAGUACCUCAGACAUCAGGCCAGGACAUGUCGCAUCUGACAGCAAGAAUGACCCUGCAAAGGAAGCAAACAAAUUCGACGCUCAAGUCAUUGUGCUCAACCACCCAGGAACCAUCAAGGAAGGAUACUCACCAGUUGUUGAUUGCCACACUGCACACAUCUCUUGUAAGUUCGAACAGAUCCAGUCGAGGAUGGACAAGCGUACAGGAAAGACAUUGGAGGAGAAUCCAAAGACAAUCAAGAAUGGAGAUGCGGCCAUGGUGACCCUUAAGCCAAACAAGCCCAUGGUCGUCGAAACCUUCACUGAAUACCCUCCUCUUGGUAGGUUCGCCGUCAGAGAUAUGAAACAAACUGUUGCCGUGGGUGUUAUCAAGACUGUAGAUAAGAAGGAACCUGGCUCCUCAGCCAAGGUCACCAAAUCAGCUCAAAAAGCAGCCAAAAAAUGA